CGCCUGCGCGCUAGCUUUAUGCUACGGAGAUGGCCGAGUCUCCCGCUCUGAAGAGAAAAUGUGAGGAGAAAGAGGGAGAGAACGGGUCCGCCGCGUCCCAAAAUGAAGGGCCGGCCCCCGGCAACUUCCCUUUGGCCGAGCUCUCUCUGAUGAAAGUGCUGAGGGAAUCUGCGCGGGAGAAGGCGAUCUUCCUCCACGGGCGGGUGAAUAGUACUUCUGGGGAUAAGACAGAUGCUGUUGUGAUCCUUGAGAAGAUUCCCUUCCAGGAAGAGAACAUUACUGAACUCCUAAAGAAGCACACUGGACUUCAGCUCCAGAUGUCCAAUGACAUCUAUAGUACUUACCGCCUCUUCCUUCCUCCGGAAUUAAAUGAGAUAAAAACUACAGUGGUGUACCCAGCAACUGAAAAACAUCUUCAAAAAUACCUGUCUCGGUCAGUGUAUCUCAUCCAGGAGAUGGGAGAGGAUUAUAAGAACAUCACUCUGCCUUUUAUCGAAUCACAGAGUAUCAGCAUUCAGUGGGUAUACAACAUCCUGGAGAAGAAAGCUGAAGCUGAUCGAAUUGUGUAUGAAAAUCCAGAUACCAUCAACGGUUUUGUUCUCAUUCCAGAUUUUAAAUGGAAUCAAAAACAGCUUGAGGAUCUAUACUUGAUCGCAAUCUGCCACCGCAGGGGAAUCAAGUCAGUGAGAGAUCUUACGGCUGAGCAUCUCCCUUUGCUGAGAAACAUCUUGAAAGAAGGAGGGGAGGCCAUACAAAAGCGCUUUGGCCUUGCAAAGGCCCAGCUGCGGGUUUACUUGCAUUACCAGCCAUCCUAUUUCCACUUUCAUGUGCAUUUCACUGCCCUGAGCUACGAUGCACCAGGGUGCUCUGCGGAGCGGGCCCUCCUGCUUUCCGAUGUGAUGUAUCAUCUGGAGCUGGACUCCCAGUAUUAUCAGAAGUGCCCUUUGACCUUUGCUGUCCGAGAAGGUGAACCUCUGCUGAAGAAAUUCCAGGAAGCUGGUAAAGCCUGAAUCUCUGAGGAUGUUGAAGUAAAAAUGGAAGAAAAAUAUAUAUAUACAUAAACAAGAAAUGAGGAUACCCUUAUAUGGCCUGGAUAUUUUGGGGUGUUUUUUUUUUAAAAAAAAGACUUAAUUUGUAUUUUUUUUUCUAUUGGAAGAUUUUUUUAAAAAAUAAAAUCAACAAAUAGCUGUGUUCAGGAGUUCCAGAUGUAUCUUCCUUCCCCUAGCUAGCUCCACUGUUUUUUGGGUGAGUUCCCAUUUACCCAAACCAGCAUAAGUAAUGGCCAAAGUUGAUAGAAUUUGAAAAUCAACAGCAUCUGGAAGGCCACAGGCAUCACAUUCUUGUGCUAUGUGGACCAUGGAUUUGACACUGCAGAUAUUUCAACAGAUGGCAGGUUGGUGCCCUUCAUUGGAUUUGGGAGUUCAACAGCCUUCAGCCCUACCAGCUUCUGUGAUGGUGACAAAUUAUGGACAUUGUAUUAAAAAAAGAUGCAGAAAACGUAAUGAUGCAAGCAACGGUAUAUGUGCUUCAUGUUUCUAUUUCCUCCUGCCAAAUCUUACAAUACUCUUAUUAUAUUUGUCCUUCUUUUAAAGCAGCAAUACUUGACAUUAACCUGGGUGCCUUCCCUGGGCUGGUUGUUCUCCAGAUUAUUUUGGACUACAGUUUAAUCACCUGACCACUGGCUACCAAGGACCAUGAAUGGAGAACGAAGCUCUACAUCAGUGUUUCAUAACUUUAAGAUAUGUGGACUUCAACUCCCAGAAUUCCCCAUCCAUCAAUUUAGGUUGAGAAAUCCUGCUCUACACACAACCUGGAAGAAAGCCACAGUAAAAUGAAAAAUGGAUGGAGGUGCUGUAUAAACAUCAUAAAAAGCCCAAAUCAGUUCAGUCUAUGGAAAUUGGCUCUUUUUUUUUUCCUCAUUCAUUUUCCAGCUUUGCAGUCAAUAGUAUCUAGACACAGUAUUGGCUGGUCUAGCUUAGGGUUGGGGCAUGUUUUCUCCAGAUGUUAAACUCCAACUUUACAUAGUCUUAGCCGGUAAAAGAAGAUUGCAGCUGCAGGCUAACAUCUGGAAGGCCACCCAUUGCCUAUUCCCCUAAGUCCUUAUGUGACUUUUUUGCUCCAAUAAAACUGACCAUGUGUUUCCUGUAAAGCAACUGCAUUGUUCCUCAGCAUUUUUUUAAAAAAAUCCUAAAAUCCAUGUGUUUUAAUUUUAAUAAAAAUUACAUGACAUCUGAGCAGCUCUGCUAAAAGGGAGUUUUCGCUAUCAGGAGUGUAAAAGAAUGGAUUAAGAAAAAAGAAAGACAAUAUAAAGAAAGAAUUAUAAAAAUAAUACCUUUUAUGCUUCUGCAGACUUUCAUCCCCAUAGACCCCGUUUUUCCCCCCUUCUGUUGCUGUGAUACUGACCUGUUCUUGCAGAAUGAAAUCACUAUUAAAAUACAGAAGAAUGCAGAA